CUCCAUCCUAUUUCCCGUUCUCGAUCUUGCCUCGACCGUCUGUGAAAUCCGAGUGCCUGCAACCGGUCAAUCCUCCAUUUACUCCACAACCGGCUCAGUGACGAAUCCACCAUGACCGCAUUCCCCCCCUUAGCAGCCGUCUUCUUGACCUACUUUGAUGACAUCAAAGGUCAAUCCGUCUUGUAUUACUCCUCCUUACCAGAUAUCCCAGAGGGAACGAUCGAACAUGCCACGCUCCCGUCAGGUUUACAUAACCUUUCUGAAGAUUUGAUCUGUUUCCGACACCAUGAUCUUCCUGGAGUAGGUCUGUUUAGGAGUCGCGAAAAGCCAGAGGGGGAGAAUAGGGGGCGGGGGCGGACGAUGGGUGUCGUUGGUGUGGUUUUAGCGGAAGGGGACGUAGCAGAUCUGUAUAGCUCCAAGUCUGCUUUGAAAGAGAUAUACGACAAACUAGAAAAUCUCUCUCAAUCACCAUUCAUCUCCUCUGUCGAACAAGAUGGCGAGAGGGAGAAGGUUCUAGAUGAAGUAUGGCAGAAAUAUCGGGCGGACAAGGUGAAGAAAUUAGAAGCAGCUAUGGAUGAAGGGAAGGAGAAUGAGUUGGACAGGGUGCACAAGCUUAUCACCGAGCGAGGAAGAGUGCCUUCGGCACAUCCUAUUGCUUUCAUGCCUCUUCUCCUCGGUCUGCUUGGUCCAAAUAUUGUGCCGGUAUACAAGGCCGCCCUAUCUGGGCAACGUAUCUUGCUCUACUCUCAGCCACCCGUCUUGCCUCUUAGCGCUCUUGCCUGGAAUAUCUGGGCCCUCUCGCUUCCUCCUCGGGCAGCCCUCGCAAACGGAGAGGCUGAAAUAUCUGAAUACUUGGGCAACGUCGGCUUGAUGGAUUUGGAUAACAUAAAGGCCAAGAAGGGUGGUUGGGUCGCUACGACCUCGGAUAUGAUUUUCAAGUCCCAUACCAAGCUAUAUGAUAUCUUCAUCGAUCUUUCAUCCAACCCUCUGCCACCGAGCCCUGUAUCAUCCCCUUCUUCCUUCACCUCCCCCUCCCCUAUUAUUCUCUCUACCUCACCCUCUUCAUCUAGCGCAACACCCCUCACUUACACUCUCCCCUCUCUCCCUCUCUACCGCUCCCUCCUCCUUCUUACAUCAUCCCCACCUACGAUCCAUGCCGGAAUGUGGAAAGAAGGCGGAUGGUGGCUGGUCAUCUACGAAUUACUUGAGAAAGUCUGGAAAGUCUGUGUGGGAGUCUGUGAGUUUGCCGUGGGAAGAGGUAAUGUAGGGGCGCAAGGUGGUAAUGGUGUGAGGUUAGGAGACGAUGAAGAAGAGGAACAGUUAUUGGAUAACGCUGGGGAGGAAGAUUUGCUUGAUCUUCUGGAAGAGGCUGGGGAUGAAGCCGCAACUGUACAAGAGGAAUCAGCGCCCGAGGCAGAAGAGGAUGAAGCAGUUCGACAGGGGAGACUUGUCCUCCGUCAGCUGUUCCAUCACACCUAUCAUUUACAUUCGCACCUUCUUUCGGUGCUCAAUGGCAGACCGAGAGGGGAGAGAUCUAUCGGACAGUUGACAGAUCUUGAAGUGAAGACCCUGUCUGGUCGAUGGGCAGGCGCACAGGAUGCAAUAUUUUGGAGAGGGGUGGCUAGGCGAUGGGGUGCAGUCGUUGAUCUUGACGAGGAAUAAAUCUACAAUCUCUAGCGUUGUCUUUCUGGGCUGUUGUUAACGAAAAGUAUGGAUGCCACAAUUAUACACUUUUCGUGCUAGCCUUAUACAAAUGCAUAACGAUGUAUGCCGUAUUUUUC